CAAUGUGAGGCUGAUGGGGGCAGUACUUCUUUUUCCUUUUUCCUUUCCAGGUCCACAUCGCAGUAAUGCACUUAUGAGGUCCCAUAUUAACAAGCAGAUCCCGCACACUGCUGCAUCCUCUCAAUUUCCCUCUCCGAGCCUGCCCGCAGCUGAUUCUUGGGCCCCACGUUCCCAAAAGAUCCAAUGGACAGCAGUACCUAUCGAUUAAGAUGCGACACUGGGCGUGCCAGCGAGCCAUUUCCGGACAGUGGCGUGUGAAGCACGCACCUGGAAAGCAACCACCCAUGUACCGGAUGGAAGCGACAAGGACAGAGACAAUGCAAUACGAGUGCGCUUCUCCCUCCCUCGUUUUCCGCAAUAUACGUCUGUUUUUCCAAAUCAGGAAUAGAGACACCAUUAUCCUUUCUUAUUACCUUCAUAUUGUGUGCAGACAAUACUCUGAAAGACGCAAAGAGGAAAGUUACGCUUAUUCCAGGAACACGGCAAGCGAUUCGCUCUCCACCUAUCCCUUUUGCACACUCCCCAACAUCCAGACCAUGUCAGUAGGAAAUAACGAUAUCUUCCGUGUCGCAAUGUCGUGCUUCGGAACUGGCGUGGUGGACAGACAAGCGAAUAGUAGCAUGUGGCGAGGGUUUUCUUUUUGCAUCAAUCAAAACGUCAAGAAUGAUUGAACUUACACAAGGCGGAACGGAACGAGGCGCAACCCACAUUUGUCUCGCACUGAUUGUUGGAUCCGGGCAACGACGUAGACACUCGUCCUUGGUUAGAGUUUCAUUUCAGCGUCCCUUCUAAAUGGCCUCUCCAUGCUGCGCCUCCAGGCGCAC